CGCCUCAAAAGCGCGAUCCAUGGUGCGAAAGCCUCCUAUUCUCUAUCCUCUGUUUUGUUUUAGGAUGGCAUUCUUCAAAUAUCUCCGCUCUCUUAAGAAUGAACUUAUCCUCUUCGCAGCGCCGUGCCUUCUUCUUCCACUGCCUUUAUUGGUCGGGACAUCGGAGGCUAAAUGUGCCUACGUGAUCGCCCUGAUGGCCGUGUACUGGUGCACAGAGGUCCUACCACUGGCCGUCACUGCUCUGCUGCCUGCGCUGCUUUUCCCUUUGUUCGGAGUCAUGCAGUCCAAAGACGUGUGCGUGCAGUACCUGAAGGACACAAACAUGUUGUUUGUGGGGGGACUGAUGGUUGCGGUCGCCGUGGAGCACUGGAACCUGCACAAGCGCAUCGCCUUGAGGGUGCUGCUCGUAGUCGGCGUGCGACCCGCUCUUCUGAUGCUGGGCUUCAUGGGCGUGACGGCCUUCUUGUCCAUGUGGAUCAGCAACACAGCCACCACAGCCAUGAUGGUGCCCAUCGUCCAGGCCGUGCUGGAACAGCUCAGCACCAGCGAAGCCGAGAUGCCUCAGAUCCUCAGCUCGGACGAGCCGCUGCAGACGGCCGAGGGCGACAACAAGCAGCCGCUGCAGUCAGAGAAGCCCGGCGAGAGACAAGGGCCCGUGGUGGUGACCUUCCUGGACGCUGCGGUGGAGGCUGCCCGGCUGAAGGAGGCGGCAGAGAGGCGGAGGAUGUGUAAAGGGAUGACCCUGUGCGUGUGCUACGCCGCCAGCAUCGGAGGCACCGCCACGCUGACGGGAACCGGGCCCAAUCUGGUGCUGAGCGGCCAGAUGAGCCAACUGUUUCCUGAAAAUGGAGACGUGAUCAACUUCGCCUCCUGGUUCGGCUUCGCCUUCCCCAACAUGAUCCUCAUGCUCACGCUGGCCUGGCUCUGGCUGCAGUUUGUCUUCAUGGGAUUCAACUUUCGGAAGACCUGGGGCUGUGGGUCAGUGAAGACAGAGAAGGAGAUCGCAGCCUAUAACGUGAUCCGUGAGCAGCACCGUCUGCUGGGGCCCAUGUCCUUUGGAGAGAUCAGUGUCCUGGGGCUCUUCACUCUGCUGGUGGUGUUGUGGUUCACUAGGGAUCCGGGCUUUGUUGAGGGCUGGGCGACACAUGUCUUCAAUUCCAACUCAGAGUAUGUGACGGAUGCCACCGUUGCCAUUUUCAUAGCGGUCCUUCUCUUUGUUCUACCGUCUAAACCCCCGCGCUUUUAUUCAAGGAGAAGGCAAAGUUUUAGCAUAGGUGCGACAUCAAUCAAAAAAAAAAAACUAGCUUACAAUGUGGGAGAGACUGUACAAUGUGACAUGGAACUGUUUUCAUCUCUAGCACCCCAUCAGAACGCAGGCCCCACUCCACCUCUGCUGACCUGGAAAGUGGCCCAAAAGAAGUUACCGUGGGGGAUCGUGCUUCUUCUGGGGGGAGGUUUUGCUCUGGCCAAGGGCAGUGAUGAAUCGGGACUCUCGAAGUGGCUGGGGAAUCAGAUGACGCCCCUGCAAACCAUCCCCCCCUGGGCAAUUGCUAUCAUUUUAUGCCUGCUGAUUGCUACCUUCACUGAGUGCACCAGUAAUGUGGCCACAGCGACGCUCUUCCUACCUAUCCUGGCCUCCAUGUCCCAGUCCAUUGGCAUCAACCCGCUCUACGUCAUGGUGCCUUGUACCCUGAGCGCCUCGUUCGCCUUCAUGCUGCCUGUCGCGACGCCGCCCAACGCCAUCGUCUUCUCUUACGGCUACCUCAAGGUUGCUGACAUGGCUCGAACAGGAAUAGUCAUGAACAUCAUUGGCAUUCUCUGCAUCACGCUGGCCAUCAACAGCUGGGGCAGGGCCAUGUUUCACCUGGACACGGUCCCGACGUGGGCCAACGUGACGGGCGUGUGAACGUGGCUCCGCCGUAGGAAAUGAUCCACGCCCACCAGCGCCGCUGCCGGACGACGGACCUUUAGUCGGGGGCGACGACGCGAGACCCCGCGACGGCUCGCACGAGUCCCACAGCUGUUGGGAGGCGUGCGCCACAAGGAUCCUUUUCUCUGACACCUCGUGUGCUUGUAAAAGAAGGCGGUGGGAUGUAAAAGGCAGAUUAAUUUAUAUUGUAUCAUUGUAAAAGUCCCUGUAAAUUAUAAAAUGUUAGCUUUUAUAUUGUCAAAGUAAGACGCGACUCAGGUCCAGGCUCUUAAAGUGAAAGCUUGGGGUCAAUUACAUUGUUAAUCUUGGGAAUGUACCUCAACAUGGAUCCUAAAGUGCAGCACUUAAAUACCGUUUUGAGGGACUUUCCAUUUUGUGUCAGUUUUGCUUUUAUUCCACUACAUUUUAGUUCUGUUCAUAUUUAUCUGAAAGUAACUGGACAGUCACUGUUAAAUGAAAGACAUCAUGCAUUAGAAAUCUAGUAACUGUACUGUAGCAUAUAGUGCUAAUAAGAUGCACGUAUUGCUGUAACACUGACAAAUGGAGCCCUGUUGCCUACUUUAAUACUGCUGAUGUGUUUCACCGAGGCACAAUGUUGAAGUGUGAUGAGUUCUUUAUAUUGUGCCUUCAGUCUUACACUACUGCUUUUGAGCUUGUUUACAUAAUUAUUCCUUUAUAUACUACUCCAUCUAACGUCUGGUUAGAUUAGCAGCUUUUUGUUCUUAAUAAAAGUGUGUGAAUUGUAGCAGAGACUUGAGUACAAGCAGAAAUCAACUUGUGGCCCCUUGCAUUCAAAUCUUUCACUUUGUGGACUCACGGUUGUGAGGAGGAAUUAUUAUUCCAGCGUUAGCCGACCUUUGAGAUGUGUCCUCGCUUGAAAACCAAGACACCUUCCUGUGCCUUGUACAAACAUAUUGAUUUAUUGUACUGUAAGUACAUUCUCAGUAUUUCAGCCGAUAUGCCGACAUUGUGCAAUGUCUCACUGUAAACAACCGACCUAAAACAAAGUGGUACUUGAUAAUCACUAUAUACUGUAUUUUUAUUCUUCAAUAUUUUGUUAAAUUUUUUAUUAUUGUGAGCUGAAAAAUAAAGUUUUGUUUCUCCUGAUUAUAA